AUGAUAAAUUUUUUACUGGGUGGCCUUUCCGGAAUGGCGGGCACUUGCGUGGUUCAUCCGAUGGACGUGAUCAAAAAUAGGAUGCAAAUGCACAAAGGAAAAGUAUCGGUUUUGAGCAUAAUUGGCACUGUAUACAACGAAGAGGGGAUCACUUCGUUUUACAGCGGCUUAACGGCCGGUCUCGUCAGACAGGCGACGUACACGACCGUGCGACUCGGGAUUUAUAAUCAGAUGCAAGAUUUUUGGAGACAAAAACAUAUCGGCCGUCCCAGUUUCGCGGUUCUGGCGUUUAUGGCUGGGACUGCCGGUGCCGUGGGGGCUUUCGUUGGAACACCAGCCGAUGUCGCACUCGUGAGAAUGACAACAGAUGGCAGAUUACCAGUGGAACAACGGAGAAAUUAUAGGAACGUGUUUGACGCCUUUGUCAGGAUCGCCAGAGAGGAGGGCGUAUUCACUCUCUGGAGGGGGAGUAUGGCCACGAUAGGUAGAGCUAUUGUCGUUAACGUUUCGCAACUGGCUACUUACAGCCAAGUGAAGCAUCUGAUUGCGUCACAAACGAACGUUAAAGAAGGCCUAGGUUUGCACUUUGGCGCGUCGAUGGUAUCGGGCUUCGUCACUGCCUUCAACUCCAUGCCUUUUGACAUUACCAAGACCAGAAUACAAAAUAUGAAGAGCACUGGGAAACUACCGGGCAUGAUCUCAGUUAUGGCGUCAAUAGCGAAAAACGAGGGAAUAAGGUCUCUUUGGAAAGGUUUUUGGCCAACUUACUGCAGGAUCGGUCCGCACACGGUACUGACCCUCGUCAUCAACGAGCAGCUGAUGCAUUUAUACAGAAUAUAUUUCCAGCAAUAAUAAAAGAAAUAUUCGAAUAAAAAGUCACAUUUUUCGCGUUGCACAUAGACGUAGAAAAUUUCAGAAAAAUCUGUAAAACUUUCUAAAACAACACUCGCGCUGAUUUAAUUAAAUGAUUGCAACGCCUCGAUCUUAUAUUCUAUUUCAAUUAUAUCGUAAUUAAAGGAAAACAGU